UUAAUAAUAGAUUGAGGUCCGACCAAGCUUCUCUUUCUUGGUUCCAUCAUUUUGCCACUGUUCACUGAGUUGCGUGCUCUCUAAUUUAUACUCGAGUUUGUCACCCUCAGUAGCUAAGCACAGUCUGUCUCACACUUCCUUAGUUUUCAAAAACUUAGGGCUUUUUCUUGGGGUGAGAUUUUGUAGAGGUUUCUGGGGUUUGAUGGAGAAUUCAGCUCCUGAGGUUCAACAUGGAGAGGAAUCAGACUCUAACAAAACCCAGAUUCGUAAUCAAGAGGAAAGAAAUGAAGAAAUUUCCUUGGUUCAACAGUCUCGAAGGCCAAACCUGUCCUCUUUGCAGAUACCAGAGAGGACUCUGGAAAGUAGUUUGUCUGCUUUUACGAUGAUUGAUGUUCCGUCUGUACAAAGUCCUAGUUCUAUUAGAGCUGGGCUGCCGCCAAGACCACAUUCAGCUAAGAUCAAAUCAUCCGUGAAAUAUCUGUUUCCUUCAAAGAGCAUUAGGGCGAAAAAUAUGACCCAUGAUGGCGAGAAGGCCAUUCUCAUUCUGCCAGAUACAGCUUCAUCAGAUGCUCCUGUGGAAAAGCCUUCUACCUCGAGGUCUUUCUCACUUAAUAGGAUGUUCUUCUCUCCAUCAUUAAAAGCAACACAUUCUUUACCAGUUACACCGAGUGCAAAUUCAGGUUCAGAGUCUGUGCAGGGAAGACAGUUGGAAGGUCAUUCUGAUUUAUCUAAAAUUGAAGUUGAGCAGCAAAUGAUCCGCUCAUUUUCGGUUCCAGUGAAUGUUAAAACCAGAAGUUUAAGGCGGAUGGAUUCUGGAGGCAUGAUGCGUGUAAUUUCAACUCCACGUCCUGCAGUAGUUGAUGCUGCUUCCCAAAAUAGUGCCCCAGCAAUGGAAACUGCUACCGAAGAUCCUGGUGAGGAUAUUCCUGAAGAAGAAGCUGUUUGUCGAAUUUGUUUGGUUGAGCUUGCAGAAGGUGGUGAUACUCUUAAAAUGGAGUGCAGCUGCAAAGGAGAGCUGGCACUGGCUCACAAAGAAUGUGCAAUAAAGUGGUUUACCAUUAAAGGUAACAAGACCUGUGAUGUCUGCAGACAGGAUGUUCGAAACCUACAUGUAACACUACUCAAAAUACACAAUCCUCAAACUAUUAUUAGACGACCACCAACAAUACCCGAGCAGAGGGAAGUCGCUCGUUACAGGGUCUGGCAGGACAUACCAGUUCUUGUUCUGGUCAGCAUGCUUGCAUAUUUCUGCUUUCUGGAACAACUUCUGGUCUCUGACUUGGGCCCUCGUGCUCUUGCCAUUUCCUUACCUUUCUCUUGCCUUUUAGGUCUCCUUUCAUCCAUGAUUGCUUCAACAAUGGUAAGCAGGAGCUACAUAUGGGCCUAUGCCUCCUUCCAGUUUGCCAUCGUGAUCCUCUUUGCUCACAUAUUUUAUACUAUCCUUAAUGUAAAUCCAAUUCUCUCGGUCAUCCUUUCCUCAUUUACUGGCUUUGGGAUUGCGAUCAGCACAAAUUCUCUUCUAGUGGAGUAUCUUAGAUGGAAAGCAAGCAGGCAAGUGGGAUCUUCCCAUCAACAUACUAGCACUAUGAAUGAACUGCAACUGCAGCACCAGCAGUGGCAGCAUGAAGAGCAAUAUCAUCGCCAUUAUCAGCAACAACGACGUCAACAAUUGAGAGAAGGUUCCCAGAAUCAGUUACAACAGCAAGAGCAAGAGCUCCAGCAUCAUCAACGCCUUCAGCAGCAGCAACAACAAUUGAAUGAAGAUCCAAAUGCGAAUGGUUCCUUGCGGAUAGACAUUGGACGGGAGACGUAAUUCAUAAAGAUUGAGCAAUUUUUGAGUUGUUAAAAGAUUAACAGGUUGAAAGAGAAAGUACUCCAUCAGGAAGUUCAGACACAAAUGGGUAAGUAACUCGGCAAAAGAGGCAAUGGCAUGUUGUGGGAACAUUAUUGUCAGAAAUAUAAGAGACCGCUGACCGAAUGAUUGUUCUAACUAUAAGCCUUGUGUUUGGCUAAUCUGCCAAGUGAAAGCCAGUCGGACACGAGGAGGUACUGCUAGUAAUUAAGAGACGGCGAAAAUCCUACAUUAGAGGCUGUCUAAACUUGAAAAUUAGCAUGAUAAAGUUCAAAAUUUUGACAAUUAGCUUGAGUCCCGUCUUUUGGGGUCAUGAAAAUUAAAUAUGUAAUUUCUUGUCAUUCACAAGGGUUUCCUAGAAAGUGAUCUUCCCAUUCAGACUGCCAGCUUGGGAGGAAGCUCUCUAUGAAUUGUCAGAUGAGACUGGUGAAGAUCUGCGUCUCUAUCAUGACUAGCACGUAUGAUAGUUUAUGAUGAAAUUUACAGGACAGAGAAUUGUAUGACUGCAAGAAAAGAUGAUGGAACAUUCAUCGGAUGAUUGUGUUA